AUGGUAAAGGCUUUCUUCUCGUCCGAGAGUUUCGGAGCCGAAGGUCACUUGGAACAAUGUCGGGUUUGGUCCAUAGAGGACACCUACGCCAUGAAGAUGAUCGAGGAUGGGACCAAGAAGCGAUUGAAUUCUCCGGGUUACGAGGUAGAAUUACCUUGGAAGGAUGAAUUGAGACCAAGGAAUGAUCCCGUUAUGGCAAGAAAGCGGUUUCUUGCCUUGAAGAAGAAGAUGGCCCUUAAUCAAGAUUUUGCUGAGGAUUAUUCCAAGGCCAUUGGGAAAUACAUCGAGAAGGGAUUUGCCAUCAAGAUUACCGAACAAGACGAAAUUGAUCAUCCUUGUCAAAGGUGGAUCCCACAUCAUGGCGUCUACAAGGACCCGAGUAUGAGAAAGUUAAGGGUAGUCUUUGAUUCGGCGGCCAAGUAUUUCGGCAAGUCCCUCAAUGAUUGUCUCUUCACCGGGCCCCCUCUUCAAAAUGAUUUAGCACGACUCCUCACCGGCUUCAGAGAGUACGAAGUAGCCUGCACUUCUGACAUUGAGGCCAUGUACAGUCAAGUGAGUCUGAGGAAGGAAGACGCUCGCUUCCAUCGAUUUCUGUGGAGCGAGGGGGAUGAAGAACCCGAAUUAUUCGAGAUGACCGGGGUGGUGUUCGGCGAUGCUCCCUCACCAUGCCAAGCCAUCCAUGUGCUCUGGAGAACAGCGGAAGAGUUUGGAAGUCCAGAAGUUCUCGACCUAGUGAAGAGUCGGUUCUAUAUGGAUGACUAUCUGAACAGUCAUCGCACCAUGGAGGAAGCAAUCAAGACCAAUAUGUUGGUCAGUCGGACUUUGAAAAACGGGAGUUUCCACCUUACAAAAUGGGCUUCAAACGCCCGUGCGGUCCAGAUAGCAAUGUGUGACGAAGACAUUGAACACGUGGAACUUGCCGGAAAUGAUGGAAAAAUUCUAGGGAUGAAAUGGGACCUGUUCAGUGAUACCCUCUCAUUCACCUUAAAGAGCUUAAAAGGAGAGCCCCAAUUCACAAGAAGGGGCCUUCUCGGUAAAGUCGCGGGAAUAUUCGAUCCGUUGGGAUUGGGAGCGCCGUUCACGGUAAAAGGAAAGAUAAGAAUCCAACACCUUUCAAGAUUGAAGCUGGACUGGGACGAUCCGGUGAGUUCUGGGGAGGAAUCCUGGUGGAAAAAGUGGUUAGCUUCAGCAACGGAGUUGUCAAAAGUCCGAUUUGGCAGAUGCUUGGUUCCAAACCAUGUUACCAAUACGCAAAUGCACACGUUCUGUGACGCCAGUGAGGAAGCCUUUUCAGCUAUCACGUAUCUUCGCCAUAUGCAAGCUGAUGGUGGGGUCAUGGUCACUCUGGUGAUGGCAAGGACUCGGCUGGCUCCCACGAAACCCAUCUCGGUAGCCAAGUUGGAACUCAAUGCUGCAUUGUUGGGAGCCCGCCUGGCCUCAACAAUUGGGGAAAUGCUUCGAGACAAGGUCGAGAGAAGAAUUUUCUGGACGGACUCAAUGGCGGUACGCGGGUGGCUACAAGGAACCGCAUCGUUCUUCAAACCCUUUGUAUCCAACAGGGUGGGAGAAAUUCAGACGUUGACUAACCCUGCCGAAUGGAGGCAUGUGCCAGGAAAGAAGAAUCCUGCAGAUCUCGCGACAAGGUCGGAGAUUGGUCCUGAUGUCGUGCCAAACUUAUGGAUCCAUGGACCCGAGUUCUUGUCCCAACCUGAAGGAGCAUGGCCCAAGGAAAUUCGCGUGGAGAAGAAUUUGGAAGAAGUUCGGACCAAAUUUCAAAUUUACAACGUGAUUGUUGGUCAAGACAUCAAUCCAUGGUGGAAUGGAAUGAGAUCAACCAGGGAAGCCAUAGAAAAAAAAAGGUCGGACCUCCAGGAGCAACCGGAAGAGAAUGAUACUGACGAGCAAGGUGAAAGUGGGAUUUUGAUCCAUUUGAUCCGCCAGUCUCAGUUUGAGAGUUUCCCUCAAGAUGUGGAUCAAAUUCGAAGAGGAGAUGACUUGAAGAAAACGUCCCGUUUGGCGAACCUCACUCCGUUCUUGGAUGAUCAAGGCUGUCUACGGGCGGGAGGACGAUUGGAUAAGGCCAGAACUGCCUAUGAACAUCGCCAUCCUUUGGUGUUAGAUCCAAAACACCCAUUGACAGAUUGGAUCUUGGAUGAUAUCCAUGUCAACAACAAUCAUCCAGGGACAAACCACGGGUUGUCAAUUGUUCGUCAACAAUAUCAUGUGCUGAGAGGUCGUGAAGCCGUAAAACGAUGCCAGAGAAGAUGUGAAUUUUGUGUGAAAAGAGCCGCCAAACCGUUAGAGCAGUUGAUGGCGAAUUUACCAAUCGAACGAAUGGAUUGUCCAUCGCCACCUUUCUUCAACACUUCAGUGGACUAUUUUGGGCCUUAUUCUAUCUUGGUCGGGAGAAACAAGACGGAGAAGCGAUGGGGUGCACUGUUCACUUGUCGAACGACGCGUGCAAUUCAUUUGGAGUUGGCCCGUGGUCUUAGUGGGGAAGAUUUUCUGGUGGCCUUCAGAAUGUUCGAGACUUUGAGAGGCCGUCCAAGAACGUUAUACUCUGACAAUGGGACCAAUUUCAUUGCCGCACGAAAGAUCAUCUGUCAGGAAGAAACCGGGAUCACAUGGUCACUCCAACCACCAGGAGCGCCCCAUUGGGGGGGAGCCCAUGAGGCCUUAGUGCGAUCUGUAAAAACGGCCAUGAAAGCGAUUUUGGACAAGGAGAACAAGAGUCAUCGACAAUUGAGGGAGGAUGAGAUGCGACUCCUCUUUGCGGAGGUCUCAAACCUCCUCAAUUCGCGGCCAUUGGUGUAUGAAUCGGGAGAUCCUAACGAACCAUGUGCCUUAACUCCCAACCAUUUUUUGUUGCUCCGUCCAAACUCAACAAUCCCGGCCAGAGAUUACGCGGUGAUGACUCCGAGACGUCACUAUCAUUAUUUGGAACGUCUUAUCGAUGAGGUCUGGGACCGAUGGAACAAGGAGUUCCUACCCACCCUCCUUGCCCGAGGAAAAUGGCGAUCAAGAAAUCGAAACUUGAAAAUCGGGGACGUUGUGCUAGUGGUGGAUCCCAUGUCAAACCGGGCUAGAUGGAAAGUCGGAACAAUUCGUGAAGUGUUCCCGUCAUCAGAUGGAAAUGUCCGAGCUGCCAAAGUUAAGUUACCAGAAGGGGAAAUGGUCCGCCCGAUCACGAAGUUGUGUCUACUCAGACAGUCUGAAUGUGGGGACGAGAAAGAGGGGGAGGAUGUUGAGACGGAAAUCUCUUCAUGA